AUGAGUAAGGCCUAUGACCGAGUAGAGUGGACAUUCCUUGAAGCCAUGCUAAGAAAACUGGGAUUUAGGAGAAGAUGGGUGACCCUGAUAAUGAAAUGUGUAACCACUGUGAGGUACCAGGUUAAAGUUAAUGGCGUCCUAACGCAACAGUUCAGUCCAUCUCGAGGAUUAAAACAAGGGGAUCCGCUUUCCCCUUACCUGUUUGUGAUCUGUGCUGAAGGGUUGUCAGCGUUGUUACACGAGGCCGAGGAGACGGGGAAGGUUAGUGGUGUCCAGAUUUGCGGAGCUGCACCAACUGUUUCACAUCUGUUCUUUGCAGAUGAUUCCAUGAUUUUGCUAAAGGCAACACAGCAGGAAGCCACGACCCUUCGAGAUAUCCUCGAUCUUUAUGAAAACUGCUCUGGCCAAAGUGUCAACAUGGAGAAAUCGGCGAUCAUGUUCUCGCCCAAUACUAGUACAGAGGCAAAAAGUUCAGUCAAAGGGUCGCUCAAAAUAUACAGUGAGAACUGGAACGAUCGCUAUUUGGGGCUACCUGUACAUGUAGGCAGAUCAAAACGGCGAGUCUUUGGCUACAUAAAGAAUAACAUGUGUGGCCGAAUGCAUGGAUGGCAGGAGAGACUGCUUGCGAAAGCCGGGAAGGAGACGCUCGUGAAAUCUGUGGCACAGGCGAUACCGGCCUUUGCCAUGUCGUGUUUCGACCUGACGAAAGGUUUUUGCAAGGAACUGAAUACGCUCAUAGGGAAAUUUUGGUGGAGCCAACAGGAUAAAGAAAACACCAUGCACUGGCUAAGUUGGGAAACCUUGUCACUUCCGAAAGGAGUCAGUGAUUUCAUGGCAUGGCAUUUUGACUAUAAAGGGAACCAUAUUGUGAAAAGCGCCUACAAGCUAUUUGUACAGUUGCAGAAACAAGCAAGGAAUGGGGCCCCUGGCAAUAGCACAAUGGUGGUGGGAAACUUGGAUAGGUGGGAUAACCAGGCAUGGCGUAGGAUAUGGAAACUACCCUGCCCACGCAAGAUUCAGAUGUUCGCUUGGCGAGUCAAACACGAGUCACUGGCUUUCUGUACUAACCUGACGAGAAGAGGGGUCAGGCUCGAGAACUCCAAGUGCUUCUUUUGCGGGAGAGUGGAUGAAGACGGGGCUCAUCUUUUUGUCAAAUGCAACGCUGUCAAGGAAGUGUGGAGGGAGAUGAGCCUGGAGAGGGUACGCUUGGAGAUGGAAGAGCUAUCGUCAGUACAUGCAAUCAUGGACCUGCUUUGGAGGCUAGAUGAAAAUGUGUGUGUCCAAAUCCUCACCUUCUGGUGGAACUGGUGGAACAAGAGGAAUAAAAUACGAGAAGGGGAAUUACCAAUCACGGAUGACGAGCUAAUUCGCCGAGUCCAAUGCAGUACCUUGGAGUUCAUGCAACUGUUUAGAACGAGUAAAAAGAAGCAAGCAGAGAGCAAGUGGGCACCGCCGGGUGAAGGAAUUCUGAAGAUCAAUGUGGAUGGAGCGUAUACGCCGGGCGAGACUUUUGCUGCAUGGGGAGCGGUUGUCCGUGACGAGGCGGGAGAUGUGCUGCUGGCCCGAGCUGGUAGGAAGGAGCAGAUAAAUGACCCAUUCGGAGCAGAGGUUGCGGCCAUGUCUGAGGCGGUGGCCAUGGCAGCUGACAUUGGCGCCCUUCAUGUCGUCUUCGACACCGAUUCACAGCUACUGCAGGAAGCACUCGACUUGUCCAAGGUUGACUCGUCCCCAUACGCGGCUGUCAUCGAGGACAUCAAGCUUCAGCUUAAAUUGUGGUUCUCUAAGCAAUCUAUUACUUUCUGUAGACGCGCAGCGAACUCGAUAGCGCAUGAACUUGCAAAACUUGGUAGUUUAUGUUUGCCAAAUGACAGCAUUGGCUGGACCAAUAUUGUACAGCGCCAUGUGGCUGCUUGUGUGUCGGGCGAUUUACCCGAGCACCGUUAA